UUUCUGUUAAAUAUCGAUUUUUUUUUUAAUGAAUUAGAACACAAUUAAUAAGAGAACAAUUAUCACAAAAGCUUCCUGAGUUAUGUUUUGAUAUUUUGAAUCUUUCAGAACUCUGAUUCCAAAUUCUGACACAAACACAGGUUUUGUGUCUGCAGGGGGCGCCAUCGCUAUGAAGUGGAACAUUUGAGGCAGCUCCACAGAAGACAUGCAAGUGAUGUCACCACAGUGUCAGUCAGAUUCUAUCAGGACAGUCACAGCUCAGUUUGGCUCCUGACUGCAGUGCAACACACUCUUUUCUCUGAAGGAAACCACGAAGACAGCGUUGCACUGUUAUUGUUUCCUAUCCCACAUUCAGGCUGAAAGGAUUACGCUACAACAACUGGUCAAGAUUGAGUUUGCUCCUCCUGUAGAGAUGAGAUCCCAGAUGGACCUGAGCUGCGGCGUGUUUCUGCUGGUGCUGUGCUCCUUCAACAAGCUGCUGGUGCUGGCAAACUCUGAAGAUUACCACGAUAACCACCGAGGCGAAAACCUGACCUCACAGCAACAGAUCACCAUAGCCCAGUACCAGUGUUUCCAGCGGAUCAUAAAAGAGUCUCACCGCCCAUCAAAAACAAUAGGGCCAGUAUGCAACACUACAUGGGAUGGAUGGCUGUGUUGGGAUGAAACUGAUGCAGGCCUCAAAGUAGUGCAAAGCUGUCCGGACUAUUUUACUGAUUUUGACUCAAAUGCGAUGGCGAUCAAAGUCUGCACAGAGACGGGCGAGUGGGGGCGUCACCCAACGAGCAAACGCACAUGGACGGACUUCACAAACUGCAUAGGCAACACGACAAAUCACACGGCGGCGGCCAUGUCUCACUUCUACUUGGUUAUGAUUGGCCAAGGACUGUCUCUGGUGUCUCUGCUCAUAUCAUUAGGAAUAUUCUUUUAUUUUAAGAGUCUGAGCUGCCAGAGAAUUACUCUCCAUAAAAACCUCUUUAUGUCCUUCGUGCUGAACUCAGUCAUCACCGUCGUCUUGCUGAACACAGUGAGGGAGAAACAGGGACACACCAGCCAGGAUGCUGUGAGCUGUAAGCUGGUCAUGCUUGUCCACAUGUACCUGCUGAGCUGUAACGCCUUCUGGAUGCUUUGUGAGGGAAUCUACCUGCACACGCUCAUCGUUGUGGCUGUGUUUGCUGAGAAACAACACCUCAUAUGGUAUUACCUGCUGGGGUGGGGCUUUCCUCUCGUGCCAGUGGUGAUCUACUCCAUAGCACGCCACUUCUACUUCAAUGACAAAUGUUGGGUCAGGCCUACUUCCUUGCUGUACAUAACCCACGGCCCCAUGUGCGCCGCACUGGUGGUGAACCUCUUCUUCCUUCUGAACAUCGUGCGAGUUCUCAUCACCAAGCUGAGAGUGACACACCAGGCCGAGUCCAGCCUCUACAUGAGGGCAGUGAGGGCCACGCUCAUCCUCAUCCCUCUGCUCGGCAUCCAGUUUGUCCUGUUCCCCUACAAGCCUCAGGAGCAGUGGGCCACGGAGAUCUUCAUGUACAUCAUGGAAAUCCUCAUGAAUUACCAGGGUCUUUUGGUCUCUACAAUAUUCUGCUUCUUCAACGGAGAGGUCCAGAGCGUCCUGCGGAGACACUGGAAUCAGCAACGGAUGCAGUUCGCCGGCACGUUCGCCAACGCCGACUUCUUCCGCUCGGCCUCCUACGUGGCGUCGUCACUCACGGAGGUUCACCGCUGCUACAGCAUCGAGAGCCACACCGAGCACAUGAACAGCAAAAGCUACUCGGACAUAUUCAGAUCGGACAGCCCUUUUGUGUGAAGACGGUUUUUUUUUCAAGAGGCCAUGAAGAUAUAUUUUUUUUUUAUAUACUGUUUAUUGUGAUUGAUUACUUCUGCAAAAAACCUCACACACAUUUUAUUCUUCCUUAUUACUCUUUUUCAACAAAUAUUAAACAAACAAAAAAGGAGUCUGAAACCACAGAUUCCACAGAAGUUGCCAAAACAUGACUGUGGGGAAUUAACGCUUUUCUGCAUCAUGUGGAGUAAACUUGAAGAGCUGUUCCGAGUCACGUGACGGACACAAACCAGCAGAUGUAGAAGAUCUGAGACUCUUCAGAAGAAGAAGAAGAAGAAGCUUGUGCGAUGGUAGAAGGUUUUUCCCUCCCAAGACCAACAGCACCAACUUUGAGAAGGUAAAGGAAUGAUUCACCAUGAAUUCUGUGCUUAGUAAAGGUUACUGCAACAAAACUGUUCAAUUAAAGGACUGAGUGAUCGAUCACGUGCAUCAUGCUAAGUACAGGUCUGAGCGUUCCCAAAAAGCGUGGUUAGUGCGUGCAGACGUGAAUACUUGUUAACUUUAUGAAGUAGCUUUUAAAAUGUAUCAAUAGGUUAUUAUUUUUGUGGGAGAAAAUCUGCCAAGAGGAGAUUUGUGUGUCGAAAGAUGACCGUGUAUUGUAAAAUUGUCAUCGUAGACCCCGUUUGAAACCAAUUCAGCAGGAACUGACUGAUGUUGAUUUACUGGUGAUGAUUACGCUAACGCAACUAUCCCAUAAUGUGUGUCACCAAGUGUGUUUCCGGGUGAAGAGCUGCUGGUUUUCGGCCUUCAUGUACAGAAACGACAGGGCAGUUUCAUCUGCAGGCAUUAAUUACUUAUUAUAACACUGUAAAUCACCAAAUAUAGGACACAGGAGUUGACAGUUUGGGAAACACACUUGUUCAUUUUCUUGCAGCUAGAUUGCAAGACGGUGAAUUGUGACUUAUCGCUCCAAAAUGGCAAACUACUGCUUCAAAUGUGGUGAUACUGUUAAGUCACAGUACUGUACGCGUACUGUACAAAAAUUGGAUGAUUUCUACAUUGAUUUCCAUACUGAUAUUGUAUAUUGUGUGCGGAAAAUAGCUGGUUAGCUUAGCGUCGCGCAAAGACCUUUCAAAGACAUUUCAAUUCCUCUAUUUCCCUAGUCUCUUGUGAAAAGUGGUGUGAAAUGUAUGUGCAACACCGACGUUUUGCGUCACUGUGAUGACACUCUUAAUAAUGUUGUAAAUAAAAGAUAACGUGUUUUGGACUGAAAGCCA